CGGAGGCAGCACGGCGGUUUUGUUGUCGAGUACAGUAGUAUGCUGCAAUGUGUUAGCCGGUCAGUCCAGAUAACGAGGUCCUUUUCUAUUUUAAACAGGAGUUUCAUUUCGUCGUCAGCCAAUCCGAUUUUUUUUUCAAACUUCAGAAUGACGGACGAAGCAGUAAAGCGGGUGGUGAGUGACACCAUUCGUUCUCCAGAAGACAAGCGGGAAUACAGAGGACUGGAGUUCACCAAUGGAAUGAAAGCGAUUCUAAUCAGUGAUCCCACAACAGACAAGUCAUCAGCAGCACUCGAUGUUCACAUAGGCUCAUUGUCAGAUCCUUCAAACAUUGCUGGUCUUGCUCAUUUCUGUGAGCACAUGCUGUUUUUGGGCACGAAGAAGUACCCCAAAGAGAAUGAGUAUAGUCAGUUCCUGAGCGAGCAUGCUGGAAGCUCCAAUGCCUUUACCAGCGGAGAGCACACCAAUUACUACUUUGAUGUAUCCCAUGAACACCUGCAAGGAGCACUAGAUAGGUUUGCCCAGUUUUUCCUGUGUCCUCUGUUUGACGAGAGCUGUAAGGACAGAGAAGUGAACGCUGUUGACUCUGAGCACGAGAAGAACCUGAUGAAUGAUGCAUGGAGACUCUUUCAGUUAGAGAAGGCUACUGGGAAUCCCGAUCACCCUUUCAGCAAAUUUGGAACAGGCAAUAAAUUGACCUUGGAAACGAGGCCAUCACAAGAAGGUAUCGACGUUCGUCAGGAGCUGCUAAAAUUUCAUUCUACAUUUUAUUCUUCUAACCUGAUGGGACUUUGUGUUCUGGGACGAGAAUCUCUGGAUGAGCUGACUUCUAUGGUGGUCAAACUCUUUGGAGAGGUGGAGAACAAGUCUGUGCCUAUCCCAGAAUUCCCAAUGCACCCCUUCCAGCAAGAGCAUCUUAGGCAAUUUUAUAAGGUUGUGCCCAUUAAGGACAUUAGGAACCUGUGUGUGACCUUCCCUAUCCCAGACCUUCAAAAGUACUACAAGUCUAACCCUGGCCAUUAUCUGGGCCACUUAAUAGGGCAUGAGGGUCCAGGAAGCCUGCUGUCUGAGCUGAAAUCUAAAGGUUGGGUUAACACCUUAGUUGGAGGCCAGAAAGAAGGGGCACGAGGAUUCAUGUUUUUCAUCAUCCACGUGGACCUAACAGAACAAGGAAUCUUGCAUGUUGAGGACAUCAUCUUUCACAUGUUCCAGUAUAUUCAGAAACUCAGAACAGAGGGUCCUCAGGAGUGGGUUUUUCAAGAAUGUAAGGAUUUGAACACAGUUGCCUUCAGAUUCAAGGACAAAGAGCGUCCACGUGGAUACACAUCUAAAGUGGCUGGACUGUUGCAUUACUAUCCAUUGAAGGAGGUUCUUGCUGCAGAGUACAUGCUGGAAGACUUCAGACCAGACCUCAUAGAAAUGGUGCUGGACAAGCUGAGACCAGAGAAUGUCAGGGUUGCUGUGGUCUCCAAGUCAUUUGAAGGACAGACUGAUAAGACAGAAGAGUGGUAUGGGACCCAGUACAAGCAGGAGUCUAUAUCUGAAGAGGCUAUUAAGAAAUGGCAAAGUGCUGACCUGAACGGCAAAUUUAAACUCCCUAUGAAGAAUGAAUUCAUCCCCACCAACUUUGAGAUUUACCCUCUUGAGAAGGACUCUCCACCCUAUCCCAAUUUGAUAAAGGACACAGCGAUGAGUAAAGUGUGGUUCAAGCAGGACGACAAAUUCUUCCUGCCCAAGGCUUGUCUGAACUUUGAGUUCUUUAGCCCGUUUGCUUAUGUCGACCCAUUACACUGUAACAUGGCAUAUCUGUACCUUGAGCUGCUUAAGGACUCCCUGAACGAGUAUGCAUAUGCAGCUGAGCUAGCUGGCUUAAACUAUGACCUUCAAAAUACAGUCUAUGGGAUGUAUCUCUCGGUAAAGGGCUACAAUGACAAACAGCACAUCCUGCUGAAGAAGAUCAUUGAGAAAAUGACCACGUUUGAGAUCAGUGAGAAGCGCUUUGACAUCAUCAAGGAAGCGUAUAUGAGGUCUCUGAAUAAUUUCCGGGCUGAGCAGCCUCACCAGCAUGCCAUGUAUUACCUGCGGCUGCUAAUGACUGAGGUGGCUUGGACAAAAGACGAGCUCAAAGAAGCGCUGGAUGAUGUCACUCUGCCCCGCCUCAAGGCCUUCAUACCGCAGCUGUUGUCACGGUUACACAUCGAAACCCUGCUGCAUGGUAACAUUACCAAACAGUCUGCUCUUAGUAUGAUGCAGAUGUUGGAGGACUUGCUGAUUGAGCAUGCACACACUAAACCCCUCCUCCCAAGUCAGCUGAUUCGCUACAGGGAGGUCCAGGUGCCUGAUGGUGGCUGGUAUGUGUACCAGCAAAAGAAUGAGGUCCAUAAUAAUUGCGGAAUAGAGAUCUACUACCAGACAGACAUGCAGACCACACAUGACAACAUGCUGUUGGAGCUCUUCUGUCAGAUCAUCAACGAGCCCAGCUUCAACACACUGCGCACCAAGGAACAGCUGGGCUAUAUAGUGUUCAGUGGUCCACGUAAGGCUAACGGCGUGCAGGGGCUUCGUUUCAUUAUACAGUCGGAAAAGGCUCCUCACUAUCUGGAGUCGCGGGUGGAGGCCUUCCUCAAGACCAUGGAGAAGAGUCUGGAGGAGAUGAACGAAGAGGCCUUCAACAAACACAUCCAAGCUCUGGCAAUUCGCCGUCUUGACAAGCCCAAAAAGCUAGCAGCUGAGUGUGCUAAGUACUGGGGCGAGAUCAUUUCUCAACAGUACAACUUUGACAGGGAUAAUAUUGAAGUUGCUUACCUGAAGACACUGACAAAGGACAACAUUAUGCAGUUCUACAGGGAUCUGUUGGCUGUUGAUGCUCCAAAGAGACACAAAGUGUCCGUCCACGUGCUUUCUCGGGAGAUGGACACCUGUCCAGUGGUUGGGGAGUUUCCAGCUCAGAAUGAUGUCAACCUCGCCCCUGCUCCUUCUCUUCCUCAGCCUGUGGUGAUCCAGGACAUGACCGAGUUUAAGAGGAGUCUGCCUCUCUUCCCACUCGCCAAACCUCACAUCAACUUCAUGGCGGCCAAACUGUGAUGGACGUCAGCUGUAGGCAAUCGGAGGAUUUGCUGGCACACAGCAUGGAAUUCUGAGCCAGUAAAACCAUGCUAUGAUUGUGUGAGAGAGAGAAAGAAUAACUGGACAGACUCUGUCUUAUAGCCCGGUCACUACAGAGCUGUAAAAUUUACUUAGGAUGUCAGAAUAACAUGUUGAGACUGUUUUAGACUAUACAGAUAUCAUUUAUCAGGAAUAGUUGAUGUAGGUGUUGAGUGCUGACCACAGGAACAUUUUUACUUUGCUGUGUGUGUUUGGUUUAAGGCUUUCAUUUUUAAAAAGAAAAAAAGCUGGAAAGAUUUUACGUUCCUCGUGCUUCUGUAAGAAAUCCUUUUAGCAAUCAACUGUUUUCUGAUUACCCAACAUGAUGUAAAAGCACUGAUGCUCUUUUCUCUUUGUGUGCAGUUUGAACACUGAGACAGGUCUGCUUAGAUUAGAUCACAAAGUGAUCUUCAGGAUGCCAGCUCUUCUUUAGGUUUGCAUUUUGCACUCUAUUUAUUGGAUUUAUUAGUAGAUUAAAGAUACAAUCAUUUUAGUUGAAGCUGCACAUAUGCUUAAUAUUAUCUUUCCAGCCGUUUCUCAGAGGAAUUAAUGAGUUUUGUUGCUUUCUGUCUGUAGUGUAGCCAGUGCUAGCUCAGCAUGAAUAGAAACACAGGAUCACACGAGUAAGAUUUUGGGGUUUGCCAUAUGGAACACUACAAAAGGCACCUCAGUGAUUAGGCUCAUAUUUUGGUACGUUAACUUGCCAUCCUUAAAUUGCCUUUAAUACAGUUUACUAAGUGUUCAAACUGUGCACAGUGAAGAAAAUGCUGACCACUGGUUCAUCCCACUGGGUAAAUAGAAACGAAUGUUGAAUUGCUCUCAUAAAUCAAUCUGUGUGUGCAGAUUGUCUACACAUGAAUCUUAUACUGAAAAUAUUUUGCCCACAAGAAAUGCAUUUUAAAUCCAGUGAUCAUGUUUAUUUUAUCUGCAGUUUUUUUUAACUAGUUUAAAUGUUGGGCUCUAUAUGGAGGUGCUGUUUUAGGCUACUGAGUAGGUGGCAUGAAACAAAGUUUUACUGGAUUUCUUUCUUGAGGAUUAUGAUGCUUCACACCUCAAUAUGGAUUUUUAUUUAAUAUUGAAGGAGAAUUUAAAUAAAUCAUUUUAAAUCUU